AUGGCGGAAAUCGGUGGUUUACGCAAGGCACGAGGCUACAUAAAGGCAAAACUGACAAGAUUACGAACAGCGGUAUUCCAAGCCACGGACAAUACCGAUAGCGAGUUCGACAAGGCUGAGGCAGAAACCAGGUUAGAGGCCCUGGAAGAAAUAUAUCGAGACUUUAAGCUGGUGCAAAGACAGCUGCUAGAAAUGGUGGAUGAGUUCACCGCAGACGAUACAGCCGAGGAUGAGAUCUUCGAGAAUAGAUAUUUCCAGGUAAAGGCGUUGUUAAAGCGAGUGGUAAGGCAGUCGUCACCGGAAGACGCUGCACCUGGCAACGCAGACGCGAUUGUGCGAUUGUUGCAACAGCAAACCGAGCUAAUUCGACAUAUAGGUCGCGAUUCUAGAAACGACGAUGCGGCAGUCGUGACACCUACAUUAUCGGCAGAGGGAAGUGAGGUAUUAGCGACGAUUUUAUCACGACAGACAGAAAUUCUCGAUCGCGUAGCGAAUGCGUCGGCAUCGGGAAAUGCGGAGACAAGAGUCAAGCUGCCUACUAUUAAAUUACCGCGUUUCGACGGAAAAAUCGAAGAGUGGAAAUAUUUCUACGACAAUUUUCGUUCUAUUAUACACGACAAGUCUCAUUUAUCUAAUAUCGAGAAAUUCCAAUACCUGAGUUCGUCGAUUUCGGGUGACGCCGCGAAAAUCAUCGAAUCGAUCGAGCUGACGGGACAAAAUUAUAACGCGGCGUGGGAGUUGCUUCAGCAACGAUACGAUGACCCCCGAUCGCUUAAGAAAAAACACAUUGAAUGUCUAUUUUCUAUGCCUACUGUUGUAAAGGAAUCCGCAAAGGCUCUCCGAGAUUUAGUCGAUUAUACUUCCAGACACCUUCGAAUGUUAAAAGUUCUAGGUUUACCCACCGAUACAUGGGACGAUUUGAUAGUACACAUGAUGGAGAAUCGGUUUGAUGUAAAUACUCUUCGGGCCUGGGAGGAAGAAACAGAGACAAGCAAGACGGCAAGCUUAACCGACAUGCUGGGAUUCUUAAAAAGAAAAUGCCAGACUCUGGAACGUAUUGAAUCCAGAACAGCAGACAAGAUUGAAAAAUCGCCUAAGGAUAAUGAGCAGCGUAGCAAAGGACAUUCCACAGCCAAUUUAAAGGCGCACUCUUUGCUCAAGGGUAGCGCGAAUCAAAAGACGUCCUUAGCAGCUUCUGUAAAUUCUGGUAAGUGUCAUUAUUGCGAGGGAUCACAUUUCAUAUAUUUUUGUGACAAGUUUCUAGAUCUAUCAGUUUCGGAUCGAAUCAAGGAGGUAAAGCGACUAAAGUUAUGUAUAAACUGCCUGCGGAAUGACCACUAUGUGAGGACGUGCAGGAUGGGCACUUGUCGAGAAUGCUCACAAAAACAUAAUACGUUGUGCCAUCAGACACCAAAGGAUAAAGACUCGUCUGAAUCUGAAGUCAAGGAAUCCCCUGGUAAAGCUAAUAACGAGUCGAGUGUCAACGUGGCAGUCCAUCAUUCAUCAAGCGAUUUCAAAGAACGACGAAUUCUAAUGGCCACGGCGAUAGUAGAGGCAAUUCGUCGUAACGGUUCAAGCGUACCGAUUCGCGUUCUUCUUGACAGCGCAAGCGAAGCUAAUUUUAUUACUCAAUCGGCUCAUAAUAGGCUAGGUUUGAAACGCACUAGAGUAUCGGAAGUUGUCACCGGUAUAAAUGAGGCCGAGAGUCAAAUCCACAAUGUUUGCGAAGUUCACGUUAAAUCCAAAUGUUCCUCUUUCGAGAUUAACGCUCAAUGCUUGAUUAUACCAAAAAUCACAAAAAAUUUGCCUUCUACGUUAAUUGAUCAUAGCAAGUUGCAAAUUCCGUCUAAUCUUACUUUAGCCGAUCCGGAAUUCUACAAGAAUGGUCCUGUAGACAUGCUAAUCGGAGCAGAAUUCUUUUUCGAUUUACUCAAAGCAGGAAAAUUGGAGAUAGGAAAGAAUCAACUAGUUUUGCAUAACACCACUUUAGGAUGGAUAGUAGCAGGAUCAAUUCCUUCUGUUGCUCUCGAAAGAUCCACUUCCAAUCAGAACAAAAUAACUUGCUCAUUUAAAACCUGCGAAGCAUUGUGCGAUAAUAUGGAAAGAUUUUGGGAGUUAGAACGAUACGACGACACAAAACCGCGAUUUUUGUCGAGCAAUGAGAAAAGAUGCGAACAGCAUUUCGAGCAAAAUACCGAGCGCACAAGUGACGGUAGAUUUAUUGUAAAAUUGCCAUUUCGCGAAGAUGUCUUGCCUAUCGGGAAUAACAGAGAGAUAGCGCUUAAAAGAUUUAAUCGCCUAGAACGCACGCUUAUGGGCAAUACUGCAAUCCGCGACCGAUACACAAAAUUUAUGCGCGAGUACGAGGAGCUUGAGCAUAUGUCAGUCGUAGACAAUUCUUCCAACGAUUUCAAGACUAUCGUCUAUUUGCCACAUCAUGGCGUAUUAAAGGAAUCAAGCAGCACCACCAAGUUGCGUGUUGUGUUUGACGCGUCCGCUAAGAAUAAUAAAGGCGUAGCUUUGAACGAUGCUCUCCUUGUUGGGCCUGUAUUGCAAGACAAUUUGGUAGAUAUAAUCAUACGUUUUCGAUUUUACAAAGUCGCGUUGGUAGCUGACCUGCAAAAAAUGUAUCGCCAGGUGCUGGUCCACUCAAGCGACCGAGACUAUCAGCGUAUUUUGUGGCGAUUCGAGCCUAGCGAGCCCAUAAGAGAAUAUCGUUUGAAUACUGUGACAUAUGGUCAGGCCUGCGCCUCAUAUCUAGCGAUCCGCUGUCUCAGGCAAUUGGCCACGGAAGGUAGCGACCGUUAUCCAUUGGCAGCGCAUGCAUUACUUAACGACGUAUACGUUGACGAUAUUAUUGUUACGGACAAAAAUUUCAAAAACCGAUUUGUAACGUUCCGUUGA